AUGCCUUCAACUAUUGUGCAUAUUGUAAAAGAAGAAGGUCUAAACAAUGGUCAAAAUACACCAUUUCAACAUGCUUUAUCAGGUUUUUUAGCAAAUAUUCUUGUAGGAAUAUUUAAUUCACCACCUGAUGUUGUGAAAACUCGGAUGCAAGAUCAAAAUGUUGGAUACAAAAAUAGCUUUGAAUGUGUUAAAUUAAUGUUAAAAAAUGAAGGUUUAAAAUCUUUUUUUAAGGGUGCUACUUUAAGAUGUGUUAGAAUUGCUCCCGGCGGGGCUAUACAGUUUUCUACUUAUGAGUAUUUUAAUAAGUUGAUUGGAAAAUAUAUGAAUGUUGAUAAAUAG